AUGACGGAUCGAUCCAAGCUCAGCGAUGGGCUGCGCCGAUCUGAGAAUGAAGGCAUGGGCCUCGGGUUCUUCAAAACCAUCUACCCGCUUGCGAAAGCGGGCACCUCCUUCUUCACCACGCAAUCCCAAUACCGCUCUCUGGUGUCCGGCUCCGCCCUCGCCUCCUCUCUCGGCAACCUCUCCUGCGACGCCCGUGCUUCCCAAGCCCCGCAGAUCCUCUGCUUCCUCAACUCGGCCGCCUUCUUCGACUCCAAAAAGGGGCAACUCCUCGGCAACAUCAACAUCCCCGGCUUUUCUCGUAGUGGAAUAGACGCCAACACCCUCCUCGGCCCUUUGGCCUCCUUCGACGUCAACGCGGCAUGCGACUCACCAACCUUGCAACCGUGUCAUCCAAAGGUUUUGAGCACCUUCCAGGUGCUGGUCGACACCUUCCGCAAUGCGAGCCUCUACCCCAUCAACGCCGGAAUCUCGAAAAACAAGGGCGUGGCGCUGGGGAGGUAUCCCGAGGAUGUGUAUUACGCUGGAAACCCGUGGUAUCUGAUCACUUUGGGCGCGGCGGAGUUGCUGUACGAUGCGGUGGCGCAGUGGGAGAGGCCGGGGUUUGUGGCUGUUGAUAGCACCUCGCUGCCGUUUUUCAAGACUAUCUACCCGCUUGCUCGCGCCGGGACGACCUAUCGCGCUUGGCCGGGGGUUUUGAACGGGUUAUCACCCUUUUCUACCAUUCUGGCGGCCGUAACCGACUACGCUGAUAGUUUCGUCUCGGUCGUGCAGCGUUAUACACCCGAGUCCGGCUCGCUAGCAGAGCAAUUCCUCAAAACUCCCCCCUUCUCGCCAACAUCCGCCGACAAUCUAACCUGGUCCUUCGCCUCUUUCCUGUCAAUGACCCACCGCCGUAAUCGCCAAUUCCCAACAUCCUGGGUCCCUUCCACCCUUUCUGUUGUUCCUUCCAUCUGCGAGGCAACUUCUUACAAAGGCAGCUACGCCCCCGCCACAUCCGCCGGCGCCCCCAACCUCACAGUCACUUGCCAAUCCACCAUCCUGUUCCAAGUCAACGCCAGCACUUAUUACGGGGAAAACAUUUACUUGACCGGCAACUCUUCCGACCUCGGAAACUGGGACUUGGGGCAGGCGAUUCCGAUGCAGAGUAGUAACUAUACCAGUGAGAGACCGUUGUGGUUUGCCAAGGUGCCGUUGACGGCGGGGGAAAGUGUUGGGUAUGCGUUUGUUAGGGAGCAGGAUUGUGGGCAGGGGUGGAUUUGGGAGACCGAGAGUGUGACUGAAAAGAAUAGGACGGUGGAAGUGCCGGGGUGUGUGGAGGGUGAGGAGGAGACGGUUAGGGGAGUGACGGAUGAUGCUUUUAGGGGGAAGGGGGGAAGUUCGGGGGGUUGUUAGUAAGAUUUGAUGAGGAGGAUAAUGGAGGUGAGGUGGAGGGAUGGAAGGGGGUAAAGUCUUGAAAUGUUUUUGAGUUCAUUUGACGGUCUUGAAAAUAUGAAGUGUUUUAUACAAACUGUUGGAUCCAAAAAAAAUCGUUCUCGGUAUCUAGAGUAGUGUGUGUAAUGUGCAUGCCCCAUUUUUCAUCGUCGGGUAAAACUUACA